AUGGCCAGGAAACAUGGGAAGUACGUAGUGAAUAUGGACCACUCUGGAAACCAGCUGCCAUUCACGAGCCCAAGAAACCAGGAAGUACACAAUAUAGCAUGCCAGCUUUCUGCAUCAUCUGCUAUAACUGGAGAUUCUGGUGCCAAUUUAACUGCUGUCUGCACCAACCCAGAGACCCUGGGAAACUCAGACUUUCCAAACAGAGAACGUCAACAUUGUCAAGUGGCACCGAAUUUCUUCAGUGAUUGGUCUCUCUGGAAAAUCUUCUUGGUUUGUUUUUUAGCUUGUAUAAUAACCACAGUGAUUGGAGUACUUAUAUUGUCCCUGGUAUAUAAUGGGAAAAAAGAGAAUACCUCCAUUAUUAUCCAAAUUCCCCAAAGAGGCGAGACACCUUCAUGUACUACUAGCACAACUGCAACUACAAGUUCAAAACCUACAGUCACUGAAGGUAUAAUAGAAACUGCCACUGCAUCCAAUUUAAAUAGGCCUAUUACCACACCAAUGAUUGCUAGCACUUCAAUGCAGCUUACCAGCCCAAUAACUGCUAACGAUGCUUCAAGUAAAUCUACAGGAACACCUGCCUCAUCAGGCACAUCUACAGAGGCUACAAAUACAUUAAUCAGCAAUAUUACCUCUACUGAACCUACCACCAAAACAACGGCUAGCACUUUACCUGCUGUGGCUACCAUAACUACAAGCACUUCUGAACAUGUGGUAACGGUGGCUACCACAACUGCUCCCAUCUCAUCCACCACUACAACUGCAGCUACCUCCUCCACGGCACCAGUUACUACAAUGGUUAGCCCUUCUACUGAAGUCUCAACCACAGUUUCGACCAUUCUCACUUCUGCAGAAUCUAUAAUCACAUCUGUGGCCACAAAUACAUCUGAACUAACCACCACCACAACUUCAGGAACUUCCACGGAACCUGCAGUCACAGUGCUUAAUAUGAUCACUUCUACUGAAGUCACUAUGACAACUGCAGCCACUACUUCAACGGAGAAUAUUACUACUGCUGCAGGAAGUUCUACUGAACUUUUAGCCACCUCACCCAUCACUGGUGUUCCCAGUGGAUCAACUAGCACACCACCAGCCACUUCUUUAACAGAACUGACUACUACGAUUGCAAGUACAUCCACCGUAUCUACAGCUACAUUGGCUACCACUGUCUCCUCUCAACUCUCGACUACAACAGCCCCAACCAAUUCAACUGCAGAGAUCACUACUACUGAAGGCCUUUACACUGAACCUACUACAACAUCAACCACCACUAGUCUCUCUACCCAACCUACCUCUACAGUGACAACCAGUACUGCAACAGAAUCAACAGCAAUCACAGAUACUUCCACGGAAGUAACAAAUACAGUAGGUACUUCUACUGCCUCCAUGGGAUCUACCAAUACAAUAGAAGCCACCCCCUCUAUGGAACCAACUCUGACAAAUAGUGCCAGUACUUCCACUACAUCUACAAGCACAUAUCCCACGGCAACUGUAACUAACAUUUCAACGGAACCAACUACAACUGUGAGCCCAUUUACUGAACUUACAACUACAAUAGCCACCAUUCUUGCCCCUGUGGAACCUACCACUCCCAAAGCAGCCACCCUUUCAACUGAACCUACUACAACCACUACAGGGACUUCCUCCAAAUUAACAUCCACAGUCUCUACUUCCUCCACUCAACUCUCCACUACAAAAGCUGCAACUGCAUCACCUGAACUAACCACUGUAAUAAAUGCCAGCUCAAUGCCAGCCACAUUGGCGACUAUUCAACCUUCCACUACAAGGGCUGACAGUACUUCAGCUGUAUCAACUGAUACGACUGAAAAUACUUCCACUGAACCUACCUUCACCUCAGCCGUGGUGGCUGUCUCUACUCAACCUUCCACUACAACAGGAGUAACUGCAUCAUCUGAAUUGACUAGCACAAUUGGAAGUACUUCCACUGACUCUAACUCUGCAUCUGCCAUUACUACUUUGUCCAUUCAACCCUCUACUACAACGGUGUCUAUCACUUCAUCGGAUCUGACUACUACAAGUGUAAGCACUUCCUUGGCAACCACAGCAAUGACCAUGAGUCCCAAUUUUCCAGAGUCUAUAACCCCAACUGCAACCACUGCUUCAUCUGAGCCAGGCACCACAAUAACUAUAGGCAUUUCCUCUGAAGCUGCAGUCACAGAAGCCAGCAACACCUCCUCUACUGAGCCCUUCACAACAGCAGCUGUAACUAAACCAAUUACUAACACUGGAAGCAUACUCAUUGAACCCACAACCAUAUUGGCCACCACUGCUACCUCAAGUGAACCUACCACAACCACUGCAGGCAGUACUUCAACUGAAACAACUGUUUUAACUGAAAGCACUUCCACUGAAUCAACCUCCACAUCAGCUACCACUCCCCUCUCCACUCCAUCCCACACUGCCGCAUCAGCCACAACGGAGCUGUCUCCCACAAUAAGUGCCAGUACAGCCGCUGAACCUAUGGCCAUGUUACCCUCCACUACUGUCUCAACUCAACCCUCCACUACAACAGCUCUCACCACUUCAUCUGAAGUGACUGGUAUAAGUAUAAGCACUUCUCCUGCAGAGAUAAUGACAAUGACCACCACUCCUCAUUCUCCAGAAUCUACAACCAGAAUUUCAAUCACAACUUCACCAGAAUCAGCUACCACAACAGCUAUAGGCCCUUCCACGGAAACUACCCCCACGGAAGCCAGCAGUAUCUCAUCUAUUCAAUCUUCCAUGACAACUUCAACUGAAGAGUUUACUACCAAUACAGACACUUCCACAGAAUAUACUACCCCAUCAGUCACCAGUACUUCUUCCACUGAAAUUACAACUACCACAGGCAGUACUUCAAAUGAACCAGGUAGCAUAACUGAAAGCGCUACCAUUAAACCUACAGUGAUUAGUGGACCCCCUCAAUCUUCUACUGCAACAGCAGCUGCCACCAUAUCUAAACUGACUAGUACAAGUGCAGGAACCUCCAAUGCAGGUACACCAAUGACCUCCCAUCCUAAUUUUUCAGAAUCUACAACCACCAUUGGGGCCACUACUUCAUCUGAACCAGUUACCACAAUGGCUAUAGGCACUACCUCUGAAGCUACAACCACAGAAACCAGCACUAUGUCAUUCUCUACUGAACCCUCCAAAACAAUAGCAGCUACAACUUCCAUUGAACCAGUGACUAUCACUGCAGGCACUUCCACUGAAUCUACAACCCCACUGGCCACCACUACUUCCUCUACCAAACCCUCCAGUCCAACAGCAUCAACAGCUGCACCUGAGACAGCUACUACAACUACUGCUCCAAGUGUGGGCACUUCCACUGAAGCUACAGCAUUGACCGUGAGUCCUAAAUCUCCAGAAUCUACAACCGUUGCAGCCAUUACUUCAUCUGAAGUAGCUGCCACACAAAAAAUAGGCACUUCCUCUGAAGCUACCAGUACAGAAGCCAGCAUUCUUGCCUCUACUAAACCCUUCACGGCAACCUCAGCUACCACUUCACCUGAGCCAAUCGCUACCACUGUAAGCACGUCCACUGAAUCUACAGUAGGGCCCACCACCACUGUCACCACUCAGCCUUCUACUACAACAGCACCCAUCGCUUCAUCUGAAUCAACCAGUACAAGUAUAAUGACUCCCACUGAAGCUACCACCACGGGGAUUAGCAUUCCCUCUUCAGAAUCUACAACCACAGGUGUGUCCACCACAUCAUCUGUACCAGCUACCACCACAACAACAGGCACUUCCUCUGAAGCUACAACCACAGAAGCCAGAACUACUUCUUUCUCCACUGAACCCACUGCAACAGUAGCAGCAACCUCUUCAUUUGAACUAAUUACUACCAGUGCUAGCACUUCCAUUGAAGCUACCACCACACUGGGCAUCACUUCUGUCGCCAGUCAAUCUUCUCCAACAGCAUUCCCCACCUCAUCUGUGCCAACUGAUACAACUGAAAACAUUUCCACUGCCUCUACCUCCGCUCCUGCCACCACUACUCAACCUUCUACUACAACAGGACACACGGCACCAUCUGAAAUGCCUGGUACCACUGGAAGCACUUCCACUGAACUUAACUCUGCACCUGCAAGUACUACUUCCUCCACAAAACCCUCCAGUUCAACAGCAUCAACAGCUGCAUCACAACCACCUGCUACAAUAACUUCCACUGAAGCUACAAUAACCUCGAGUCCCAAUUCUCCAGAAUCUACAACAGUGUCCACUACUUCAUCGGAACAAGACAUCACUACAACUAUAGGCACUUAUCCUGAAGCUACAGCCACAGAAUCUGGCACUCUGUCCUCUACUAAACCCCUCACAGCAACCUCAGCUACCACUUCACCUGAGCCAAUCGCUACCACUGUAAGUGCUGAAUCUACAGUAGGGCCCACUACUGUCACCACCACUCAGCCUUCUACUACAACAGCACCCAUCGCUUCAUCUGAAUCAACUCACUCAAGUGUAAGCACUUCCACCACAGUGAUGACCGCUCCUUCUUCUUUAGAACCUACAACCACAGGUGCAGCCACGCCUUCAAGAGAAUCAGCCACCACAACGCUCGUUCCUCCCUCUGAAGCUACAACUGCGGAAGCCAGAACUACUUUCUCCACUGAACCCACCACAACAAUAGCGGCAACCUCUUCUAUUGAACCAACUAUUACCAGUGCUAGCACUUCUACUGAAGUUACCACCAUACUGGCCAUCACUUCUGUCUCCAGUCAAUCUUCUCCAACAACUGCCCCCACCACAUCUGUGCCAACUGCUACAACUGAAAAGACUUCCACUACCUCUUCCUCCACUCCUGCCACCACUAUCAUUGCUCAGCCUUCUACUACAACAGGACAUACGACAUCAUCUGAAAUGCCCAGUACAACUGGAAGCACUUCCACUGAGUUUAACGCUGCGUUGGCCUCUACUACUUCCUCCACAAAACCCUCCAGUUCAACAGCAUCAACAACUGCACCUGAGCCAGCUACUACAAGUGUAAGCACUUCCACUGCACCUACAGCAUUGACUGUGAGUCCUAAUUCUCCAGAAUCUACAACUAUAAUUGUGUCCACUACUUCAUCGGAACAAGAUAUCACCACAACAUUGGACACUUCCUCUGACGCUACAGCCACACAAACCAGCACUGCUUCUGUCUCUACUGAACCCACUGCAACAGUAGCUGCAACCUCUUCAGUGGAAACAAUGACUACUACUGCAAGCACUUCCCUUGAAGCUACGUCUAUAUCGGGAGCUUGGAAAUACGGCGAGCGAUGGCAAAUCUGGCAGGUGAGAAGCCGGCUCCGGAGCGGCGCUCUGACUGUGUGGAGCAGCAAGUUCUCUCUUAAGCCGGGUCAUGGCUGUUGGCUUUUCCACCCAUUCUUUCUUCGUGAGGACAGACAGGAUCUUCCUGCCAGUCCAGUCUUCACUGUGCUCCAAUUUCCCCUUCUCCUCCCCACAAACCCAUCCAUGUGCAUUGAGGAGCUUCAAGCUUUGGCUGUGAACUUGAUCUUUCCACCUGACAAAGAUGGGUUCUUAACCCCUGCUUUCACUGUCUGCACGUGUCCCAAUGCCCAAGGGGCCUGCAGCUCCACAGGCUGGUGUCCACCUCCGAACAACAUAACUGGCGAUGUCUCUUCCAACUUGCCUGGGGUCUGGAUGAGCCCAAGUAUCCACGCGCAUGCAGGAUGCCCACACCCAGAACCCCCCUACCCGCAGGGGAAUGCAAGUUGCUACAGAGAUUGGUCUCUGUGUAAAGUCUUCCUGGCUUGCCUCCUUGCCUGUGUGGUGACAACAGCAAUUGGAGUCCUCUUCCUGUCUCUAGUGAAUAAUAAAGCAACCAAUUCUUCCGUUAUUAUCCAGCUACUCCCAAAUGGACAGACUACCAUGAUUGCACCCGGAGUAACCUCUGCUCCUGCUCAACCUGCUCCAACAGAAUCUCCAACCACAGCGGCAGAAUCUACACCCACCACAACCACGGCCACAGCUGUCACCUCAGCUCAACCCCAAACCACAGCAAGCACCACCAUAGCUUCAACUGAACUCCCAAGUACACCCACUCCAACUACUACAACCUCUACUGCAACUACAGCCACCACCAUCGCUUCAACUCCAUCCCAAACCACAACAGCCACAACAGCAACUGUAGCCACAAGUACAACGACUUCAACAGCAUCUACCACCAGUGCAACAACACCCAUUGCAACAACCGUCUCAACAGCCACCACCAUCACAUCAACCCAGCCCCAAACCACAACAGCUAUGACCACAACUUCAUCUCCCUCCACAAGUACCACCAAUCAAACAACACCGUGA